AUGUUCCGCGGCCUGAGCGGCUGGCUGGGGAUGAGUUGGGCGGAGGAGGAAGAAACAGCGUCUCCCCCCGAAGGGGAAGCCGGGACUGGCGGGGAAGAAGAGGAGGUUGCUGGAAGAGACGCGACCCCGCGGAGCCACGAAGAGGAGGGACUGAAAGGGGGGCCGGGCCUGGACCCAGACCCUCCCCUUCUUCAGGCCAAACGGUGCGGCAGAGAGGGUAGUUUUCUGAAGCCCAGAAAGGAAAAUAUUCUAAGUUUAAAUGGUGUCUUAUCUCCAAAAGGUUAUAUCUUCAGUUUUGCUACAACGGCUACAAAAAAGAUAUCUGAAUCAGUUGCUGAAACAGCACAAACUAUAAAGAAGUCUGUUGAAGAAGGAAAAAUAGAAAAUAUAAUUGAUAAGACAAUUAUAGGAGACUUUCAGAAGGAACAAGAAAAAUUUGUUCAACAGCAACACACCAAAAAAUCAGAAACAGCUGUGCCUCCAUGGGUAGACAGCAAUGAAGAAGAAACAAUUCAGCAACAAAUAUUGGCCUUAUCAGCAGACAGAAGAAACUUUCUGCGUGACCCACCAGCAGGGGUUCAAUUUAAUUUUGACUUUGAUCAGAUGUAUCCAGUAGCCAUGGUGAUGCUUCAAGAAGAUGAACUUCUAAAUAGAAUGAGAUUUGAUCUUGUUCCAAAACAUGUAAAGGAAGAGGUGUUCUGGAGGAAUUAUUUUUACCGCGUCUCCCUUAUUAAACAGUCUGCACAACUUACAGCACUGGCUGCACAACAACAAGCAGUGAGAAAAGAAAAGAAUGGCAGUGAAGAGGAUAGACAACUAACAGACACUAUGAGGCCAAAGACACCACCUGUUGCAAUCAAAUCUCAGCUGAAACGUCAAGAGGAUGAUGAAGAGAUUUCUACUAGUCCAGGUGUAUCUGAAUUUGUAAGUGAUGCUUUUGAUGCAUGCAACCUGAAUCAAGAAGAUUUGAGGAAAGAGAUUGAACAGCUUGUGCUUGACAAGAAAAAGGAAACAACUAUAGUGGAUGAAGAAACUGCAGACUGGGAAAAAGAACUACAACAAGAACUUCAAGAAUAUGAAGUAGUUACAGAAUCAGAAAAACGAGAUGACAACUGGGACAAAGAAAUAGAAGAAAUGCUACAGAGAGAAAAUUGAUCACUUUGCCUGGAACAUUUUCCAGAAAUUGACAUGAACUUGUUCUUAUACUCGCUUCAAGAACUUUCCUUGAGGCCCAAAGUUCUUUGUAAAAUAAGACUCAAGGUGUUAUAUAAUCAGGUACAAAAACUGUUCUCAGAAAAUACUGUCUAUAAUCUAGCAAGCUGUAAGGCAAUUCUUGCUUGUAUGUUAGGGAUUUUCUAAUCAUCCCAAAUUUUCAUAGUUAAAUUGCAAAAGUGAUUUUCAAUUUAACACAAAGUAGUACUUGAUAUAGAAAGAGAAAGAUCCACAGCACAUGCACCUAUAUAUAGAAAUCUGUGCCUAGAAUUAUCUGGAUCACUGUAUUUGUAUUUUACUUGUUUUGAUAUUUUCAGAUGGUUAGAGAAUACUAAAUGAAUGAGAAAUGAAUUCCUGACUGUAAGUAAAAUUGUGACAUUUCUUGUAGUAGAAAACUUGUAUAUUAACUACUUUCAUAGAAGUAAUGGCAAGUCAUGUUGCUAUUCUGCUACUUCUGUCCCAUUUAUAAAUAAUAACUUAUGAAAAUACAUCUGAAUAUGAGCUUUUUCAAAAAUAGAUACUAUAAUGACAUACACUUGCUUCUGUUUAUAGUUCAAAUGUUGCCUUUCAUUGGUGCUUUUAAAAUGUUAUUUUAAAUAGAAGCACUGAAGGCUUAUACUAAUUGUGUAGCUAACAGAAACAUCAGUUGGAUAAUACCCUUCAUUCCCAUAGAAAGAUAUAAUUUCAGUUUUGAUUGAUGACAUUUGAACCAGCAGAGGAUGCAUGACUAACAUUUGUUGAACAAAAUAACAUCUGAGAUUCUAUUAGGGAACCACUUUGAAGGUCAUAUCCAGAACCACAAGUUUUAAAAGGAAAAUAUCUUGGAUCUGUUUAAGACAAAAGUAUUCCUUCAUUUAAAAUUCUAAAAUGUACAGAAUACUUUAUGAUAACUAUUAACACUUAAAGACAGAUGCCAUAUUUAUAUUUAAUGAGAAAUUCAGGCUUAGCCUGUGCAACUAUCAUUAGGUAGUGCUAUAAGACAUGUUUAUAAAGGAAGGCAAAGACUAUAUACUUACAAUAUACAUUGAUUUUGAAAAGGUGGUUGCUAUUGAAUCAGAGGCAAUAUUUCAGUUGAUGAAG